AUGGCAGACGAAAACAGAAUCAGAUCUUUCAAGAACAAAGGCAAAGAUUCAGAGGAGAUGAGGAGAAGGCGUAUAGGCCAAGCUGUAGAGCUUCGAAAAGCCAGAAAGGAAGACCAAUUGCUAAAGAGAAGAAACAUAUCCACUGCUGAGGAACCAACAUCUCCUCUCCAAGAAAACAACUCCACCUCCCCCAUAGCCAUGACUGCUGAGGAAAUCAUGUAUGGUAUGAUGAAUGGUGAUGAAUCUGUCCAGUUCCAAGCCACAUUGGCUUGUAGGAAGAUUUUAAGCAGAGAAAGGAAUCCACCCAUAGAUCAUAUGAUAAGAUUGGGAGUUGUACCAAGAUGUGUGGAGUUUUUGGGGAAAAUGCAUAAUCCUGCCCUUCAAUUUGAAGCCUGUUGGGCUUUAACCAAUAUUGCCUCUGGUACUUCUGAACAGACAGCUGCUGUAGUACAAGAAGGUGCCAUCCCACGUCUGCUGCAGCUCUUGGCUUCCUCUAGGGUGGAUGUGGCUGAGCAGGCAGUGUGGGCCUUGGGCAACAUUGCUGGAGAUGGACCUGCCACCAGGGACAUGGUGCUGAGCUGUGGAGUGCUUCUGGAGCUGUUGAAACUCAUCAAGCCAGAUACAUCUUUGUCCUUGUUGAGGAACACUGUGUGGGCCAUAUCCAAUUUGUGCAGAAACAAAAAUCCGGCGCCCGAUUUCAAUCUGGUCAAGCCGGCUCUGCCCACUCUUGCCAGACUGCUUCACAACGCGGACCGUGACGUACAGGCGGACACCUGUUGGGCCCUCAGCUACCUCACCGACGGUCCCAACGACAGAAUUCAAGCCGUCCUCGGUACCGGCCUGAUUGACAGGUUGGUCCAGUUGCUUUACAGCGAAGAAAGCACAGUGUUGACGCCUGCACUGAGAGCCGUCGGCAACAUUGUAACCGGCAGCGAUCAGCAGACCGAUAUGGUCAUAGAUGCCGGCUGUCUGAACGUCAUGCCCAAAUUGUUGCAACACUCCAGAUUGAACAUUGUCAAGGAGGCUGCAUGGACCGUUUCCAACAUUACUGCAGGUAACAGCGAGCAAAUCCAAAAGGUGCUCGACGCCGGCAUAAUGCAACCGUUGCUCAACGUCCUCCAAACCGGCGACUUCAAGAGCCAAAAGGAGGCGUCGUGGGCGGUGACGAACUACACCAGCGGCGGUACCAUCGCCCAGCUCGCCAAGCUGGUAGAGAUGGGGGCGCUGAAGCCGAUGUGCAACCUGUUGAACUCCAAGGACUACAAGACGGUGGUGGUCGUGUUGGACGGGCUCGCCAACAUUCUAAACGCCGCCAAUAAGAUGGGAGAAGUAGAAAAAAUCGCCAUUAUGAUCGAGGAAUGCGGCGGUUUGGAUGGCAUCGAAGCUCUGCAGUCCCAUGAUAAUGAAAAAAUAUACGAGAAGGCCCUAAACAUCAUCGAAAAUUACUUCUCAGACGCGGGGGUUGAUGACAGUGUUCCUGCACCCCACUCAACUGAUGGCCAAAUCCAAUUCUCAACUCCCACCCAAGUGCCUAAUGGUGGAUUCUCCUUUUAA